CCUCCUCCUCGGUGGAUGCUAACCGGAGAGCUUCAUCAUCAUCUUCAUCAUCACCGGGAGCAGCGCAGGGAGAGAGGCGCAGCAGCAGCAGCAGCUCUCCGCGGGCUAAAAAGUUGAGGAGGAUCCGGUUUAAUAACGGAGCACCGGAGGGGCCCGUGCCCGACGUUAACCCGGGAUAAUCCGCCUGACACGGUUCAUUUCGACUUUGGACUCCAUGGAAACGGAUCCGGUGGUUUUGAAGGGAUUAAUUGUGUAUUUAACGGAUCACUGACGGCGCUUUCAAGGAUCUCUUUAACCGGUCCCCGGUGCUGAAACUGAUCUCCGGUGUGUUUAAACGCAAGGGACCCCAGUUGUUUUUUCCUCUCUUUCACUGGAUUCCCGGUGUUUGAAGUGAACACUUUGUGUUUGAACCUUUCAAAAAAUGAUCCCCAGAUGUUUGUUUUAACGGAUCCCCGGUGGAUAAACGGAUCAAUAACGGAUUUCUGACAUUAAAGGCCAACUCCAUAACGGAUUUGUUUGUGUUUGAAGUGACAUCUGAGGUGUUUUAACGGAUUUCUGCAGGUGGUGUAACGGAUCAUCGGACAGUCCUGGUUGGACUUGACGGUGUGUUGACCGACUGUAACCCCGGCCCCCUCCCCCGGUACUGAAAAAAAAUAAAAGAAGAAGAAAGAAACACAGCAGGUAAAGCAGGUGGAGUUCACAUAACGGAUUUAACGGGGAAAACGGACUGAAGUAAGUCUCUUUAAUAAUACAUCACCACCGGGUUUCCUUUGGGACCGAGCGCCGGUGGAAACACACCCGGGGCUCACUGCUUCCCAACGGGGACGCGAGAAGAGAAGUUACCGGAGGACCGGAGGAGUUGAUCGGGAUGCUCACCGGCAGAAUCAAACAUCCUCACGCACCGUUAAUGAUCACAUCAUUAACACCACGUUGAUCUCAUAAAAGGGGAAUGUACUGAUUGUUGGAUUUUACCGGAUAAAACCCGCCCCUUUCUCCCGGUUUUUCUGCUCCCCUUCAAAUUGGAGACCCACCGAAUCGAUACAUUCAAUCAUCCCGGAUCCAUUUUUCAUCCAUCAGCCCUUCACGAGCUGUAAAGCAGGGAUCGUUUAGACCCGGUGGAGAAUCCGAGUGAAUUAUCUCCUGCACGGUGAAAUAAACCCACAUGCUGGCCGUAAAUUAUCCACUUAACCCCCUCACGAGAGAAAGAGGGAGAGAGACAUAGAGGCAGACUGCAGAGAAAGAGAGAUAUUACCUUUAUAAAACACCGUCUCUCUGCAGACAAGUCAACAAAAAGCCACAUCAAAAGCUCAUUUGAACUUAAAAUCUCCCAGAGAGACAUGGUUUGAGCUGUUGAAUGGGUUAAAUUUGGAUAGAAAUUGACCAGAAAAAUCACCUUUAACAAUAUUUUUAAAGGAAAAUUCAUGAAAUCACAAUAAAUGGCUGUUUUAGGGAAGAAAGAGGGAUAUUUUGAUGUUAGAAUAAACAAAACCUAACUUGGUUCUAAAAAACUGAGCCAAAACUUGCAAUUUUAACAAAUUUCUUGCUCCCCGCAAAAAAUUAUUAAUAAAGAUAUAUGAAAUUGAAUAUUGGCUGAUAAUUUGUUGAUCUAAUGCAAAAAAGAAAAAGCCUGUAAUUAUGAUAAUCUUGGAGAUCCUCUUCUUUGGCUCCUAAUACUGACCUUAAUGUUCUGCAAGGCACUUUCAUCUCCCACUGCAUCAUGAUAAUAAUCCCAUAAUAGUGCGAUGGGGGUUUAUUUAUGCUUUAUUGCAGGUCUGCAAGAGCUUUAACUCAGAAGAAAUUAACUUUAUAACAACCCGGAGAAAAUAACCUACUGCUUUAAAUCUCCUCUGAUGAUUUAAGCGCUUGGUUGCGGAUGCGUGCAGAUAGAGAAGUUGAUUGUGAAGCUCAAAAUGAAGUUUUCUAUCAUGAAAAAGUGAUUUUAAUGAAGAAUUAGUGACUUUAGGUUGUUUUUCAACUUACAGGAUCCCAACAAGGGUUUAUUUCCAGUUGAAAACCUCUAUCUGUGGUGGUUUCGAGUUUAGCUCACCCAGCUGAUUUCCAGUGAAAGCCUAUGGAUGGUACGCUCACUGUAUAGCCACAUCCUCAACAGCAUACCUCCUCCUCCUCCUCCUUCUCCUCCUCCUCCGCCGCCUCAAGAACUUGAAAUCGAGCCAUGCAGCAUUGAUUUCUUUUCUUUCCCCUCACCGCAAAACCAAAACGCACACGACCAUCUCAUCUUUUCUGGUUUGUCAGUUUUGUUUGGCUGAAAUGUAAGACGUGCCGCGGUGUUGAUUUUCCACUGGUGCUGAAGGACAUUCAUAACGGUCCAGCAGCGGCGAGGUCAGAGUUCAGGGUUUCAGAAAUAGAACUGCUGGAAUUUCGGCAGAACAGACUGGAGGUUUUGAUGGUUUGAGAGCUGGAAGCUUUUAGACGAUCUAACACGCAAACGUUUUUUUUUUCACAUCUCAAACUGAAAACGAGCUGGAAUCUGACUUAAGCAUAAAUGAGUGUUUUUCUGAAACUUAAGGAUAUUUCUUUGCCGUUGGAGUGACACUUUUAGCUAAAUGGGACUUAACGACAGCAGCCCAGGCGCCAUGCGGAAUGGCCGCGGCCUCUCGGACCAGUGGGCAGAGUCUGUGGUGGUUCGGCCUCGAACCACCGAGCGCCACAUCACGGUGCACAAGCGGCUGGUGCUUGGCUUCGCCCUCUCCAUUCUCACCCUCAUCAUUGUCACGGCGGUGGCUGUGGUGCUCAGUGUCCGCUUUGAGGAGUGCGGCGGACGAGAUCGCAAUGGAGCCUCAGGGGAGCCUGGCUCAAGAGGCUCUGGAGGGUCGUCGAAGUUGAACGGGAGCAGAGGGGAGAGGACGGGAGAGAGGGGGGACGAUGAGGCGGUCCAGCCGUGGAGGAACUCCAGGCUGCCGGGCACGGUGAGGCCGCGGCACUACGACUUAAGGCUCGCCGUCUACAUGGACAACUUCACCUUCUCUGGUGACGUCAGCAUCGAGCUGGAGUGCGUUAACGCCACGCGAUUCAUCGUGCUGCACACUGACCGCCUUGAGGUGGACCGGGUGUCCGUCACGGCAGAGGGCGGCGCCGGAGGUCGUCCCGCCAAUAGGCCCGGGGGCGGAGCCAUGCGCAUCCAUCGCCACUUUCCCUACCCGGCCAAUCAGAUGUACGUGGUGGUUCUGCACCGCGAGCUGAAGCCGAUGAGAGUUUACCGGCUGAACAUGAGCUUCGACGCCGCCAUCGAGGACGAGCUACUGGGCUUCUUCAGGAGCUCGUACACCCUGCAGAGAGAGAGACGGUAUCUGGCGGUGACUCAGUUCAGUCCGAUCCACGCCCGGAAGGCGUUCCCCUGCUUCGACGAGCCCGUCUACAAGGCCACGUUCUCCCUCACCCUCCGCCACGACCCGCAGUACACCUCGCUCUCCAACAUGCCCGUGGAGAGCAGCUCGCUGGCGGACGAGGACGGCUGGCUCACCAACCGCUUUUCCCGCACGCCGCGCAUGUCCACCUACUACCUGGCUUGGGCCGUCUGUAACUUCACCUACAAGGAGACGCAGACCGACAGCGGCGUGACGAUCCGCCUGUACGCUCGGCCGGAUGCCAUUUCUAGCGGCGCAGGGGACUACGCUCUUCACAUCACCAAGAGGCUUCUGGGAUUUUACCAGGACUACUUUAAAGUCCAGUACUCACUGCCCAAACUCGACUUGUUGGCAGUGCCCAAACAUCCCUACGCCGCCAUGGAGAACUGGGGGCUGAGCGUGUUCGUGGAGCAGAAGAUCCUAUUGGACGCUGAGGUGUCAUCGUCAUCCUAUCAGAUGGAGCUGACCAUGGUGGUCGUCCACGAAAUCUGCCACCAGUGGUUUGGUGAUCUGGUGACUCCGGUGUGGUGGGAGGACGUCUGGUUGAAAGAAGGUUUCGCUCAUUUCUUCGAGUACGUCGGCACCGACUUCCUCUUCCCAAAGUGGAACAUGGAAAAGCAGCGCUUCUUGACUGAUGUCCUCCACGAGGUGAUGCUAUUGGAUGGCCUAAGUUCGUCCCACCCGAUCUCCCAGGAGGUGGAGCAGGCGACGGACAUCGACCGAGUCUUUGAUUGGAUCGCCUACAAAAAGGGGGCGGCGUUGAUCCGGAUGCUGGCUAACGUGAUGGGACAGACGCUGUUCCAAAAAGGACUCAAUGAUUAUCUUCUGAGUCACAUGUACAGCAACGCAGCCAGAGACGACCUGUGGAGCAAACUGUCUCAGGCCAUGCGUUCAGAGGGGCGGGAUAUCGAUAUUGGACAGAUGAUGGACAGGUGGACUCUACAGAUGGGCUAUCCCGUUGUUACAAUCAGCAAGAACCAAUCCGAGCAGCUCCCCACUCAUUACAUCACAAUUAACCAGGAGCACUUCCUGUACGGGCAGGAAGUCAAGAGCAACAACAGUUUACAGUGGCAGGUUCCUCUGACGGUCGCCGUUGGAAACGCAUCCAGCGUUUGUUCAGAGAGCCUCAUCUGGAUCAACAACAGGACAGAAACACACAGGGUCGGUCAGAUGGACGACAGUACCUGGUUGCUAGGCAACAUCAACCAGACGGGAUACUUCCGUGUGAACUAUGACCUCCAAAACUGGAAACUGCUGAUUCAACAGCUCCACAGCAAUGCUCAAAUCAUCUCUGUUGGAAACAGGGCAGGACUUAUUGAUGAUGCCUUCAACUUGGCCAGGGCCGGCUACCUCCCACAGGGUGUCCCCUUGCAGCUGAUUGGCUACCUGCCGGAGGAGUCGUCCUUCCUGCCGUGGCACUCCGCCAGCCGAGCGCUCUACCAGCUGGACAAACUGCUGGACCGCACGGACGAGUACAGCUUGUUCAGUGACUAUGUGCUGAAGCAGGUAGCAUCGCGGUACCAUCAGAUGGGUUGGCCAACAAACGGCCCCGGCAGCGAGGGCAACGUGCUGCAGGCGUCCUAUCAGACCGAGGAGCUACAGCGGGAGCUCAUCAUGUUGGCAUGUAGCUUUGGGAACAAACAGUGCCACCGUCAGGCUGUCGCCUACAUCUCUGACUGGAUCUCCAGCAACAAGAACAGGAUUCCUCCCAACAUCAGAGACAUAGUUUACUGCACCGGGGUCAGUCUGAUGGACGAGGACGUGUGGGAGUUCAUCUGGAUGAAGUUUCACUCGACCAACGCCGUUUCAGAGAAGAAGAUCCUGCUGGAGGCUCUGACCUGCUCAGACAACACCUUCCUCCUCAACAGGUUACUGAACCUGUCUUUGACGUCUGACCUGGUCCCAGAGCAGGACGUGAUCGAUGUCAUCAUCCACGUGGGCAGAAACCCUCAGGGUCGAAACCUCGCCUGGAAAUACUUCAGAGAAAAGUGGGACAUCCUCAACGCACGUUAUGGUGAAGCGCUGUUCAUGAAUUCGAAGCUCAUCGGUGGAGUCACAGAGUUCCUGAACACUGAGAGAGAACUCAAUGAGUUAAAAGAGUUCAUCCAGUCCAGUGGUGUGGGGGCGGGGCCUGCGUUGCCUCGGGCGCUGGAGAUCGUCGAGGGCAACGUGCGCUGGCACCGCCUUUACCGGCGGCAGUUCUACCAGUGGCUGCGCAAACCUCCGAGCUCCGCUCUCGGCUAACGCUACACCAGUUAGCUACAGUGAAACGACUGCAAACUGACUGCUAACUCAAUGCUAACGCACUGUUAGCUUACAGAUGCAGUCGGAUAGUAUAGAAAAUUCAUGAAUGAAUACAAAGGCCGACUCGACUGGUUAUUCAGCUGGUCUCUCUACUAGUUUCGCUUUUAAAGAAAUUUGUUUGCAAACUUUUUUUAUUUCAGAUGUUUAUAUUUUCAAAGCUGCAGGCUAGCUAGCAGUCACUGACUCAGUAAUUGCAAGCUAGCAACUAGCCUCAAAACUCCCCAAACUAAACCGCCCCCAAGACCGACAAUGGACAUAGAGAGAAGAAUCUGCUGUCAGAUAAACAAGAACUCCUGAAUUUAAUUUGACCAACAAUUUAAUAAACUUUUAAUAUAUAGGUUUAACAUGCUAUAUGUAAUU